AUGCGUUCUUCAUGUUUCGAACUUCUAAAAGUUGCAUUCGAUGAAGAGGUUCGCGGCGAUGAGGUCGAAACUUUCAUGAAGGCUUUAUCAAGCCUUCGCUGGCCAACAGUGUUGCCUCAUUCUUUGUUCGCAUACAAUACAGUUAGCCAUCUCCUCACAUCAACAUUACCAACUGGUUCAAAGAACAAGUAUAGUACUAUACGUGAGCUCAAAAAGACCAUUGCGAGGUUUCCUGGCAGAAACUCCACAGCUCGCCGGCGGUUGGAUCCAGUUGGCAAAUGGCCAACAUCAUCGAUGCUUAAUCCGUCGCUGAAAAUGUCAACCCAGCCUGCAAAAAAUGAUACUUUCACGAAUCACUGUGACUACCUUGAUCUUUCAGAUGUCCCUGACAUAAUCAAUCCUUUGUAUGCAAGAGAUGUGUAUCGUCAUCACCUUAUUGAUUAUGAACGAUUACGUCUACGUGGAGUUGAUUCCAUAGUCAGAAUUUCGCACGCCAAUGCUCAUUACGAUGUGGUGAAGACGUAUCCGUCGGCCUUCGUUGUACCAUCAUCAGUUGGCGAUGAUUCAUUCCUCAAAAUCGCAAAGGGCUUUAAACAUGGUCGGUUUCCAGUGAUUACAUGGACAAAUGAAGCAGGAGCUUUGUUGAUUCGUGGAAGUGGCUUCGCUACCAGCAAUGUUGUUCAGAAGUUCAAGAAGGUAGGAAAAAUAUUGGGUUUCAAAAAAGUCGGCUUGUUAGACGAGUGA